UGGCAAUGCUCAUACAGUAAAUAUUUGUGUUUGCUCAGCCGGCUGUAAUGGUGGAUGACUGAGAGAGGAACCACAGGAAAAAGGGGGAAAAAACUACAAAGACUGAACCCCAGGCUCAACACUAAAUACACGCUUAGAAAAUCCGCUCCGGCAAAUAUGGACGAACUGAAGCACCAAGUAAUGAUAAACCAGUUUGUCCUGACAGCGGGAUGUGCGGCGGACCAGGCGAAGCAGCUUUUACAAGCGGCACAUUGGCAGUUCGAGACUGCACUUAGUGCCUUUUUUCAAGAAACAAAUAUCCCAUACAGCCACCACCAUCAAAUGAUGUGCACUCCGGCCAACACGCCCGCCACGCCCCCCAACUUCCCCGACGCUCUGACCAUGUUCUCACGCCUGAAAGCCUCCGAAAGCUUCAACGGCGGCAGCAGCAGCUCCGUGGCCACCUCCCCUCCGCCAGGGACCGUGCAACAGGGACUGUGGACACAGGGACAGGCGGCCUCUCAGGCGCCCCCUCCUGGCUGGCCCGCCGCAGUCACUCAGCAAGCCUCUGCUGAACAGAAGGCCAGCGUUGUCAUGGAAGCGGAGAGAUGAGGGCCUGGACGCUGUGGGUCUCUCACUAUAC